AUUUGGCUCGAAUUGCUUUUUUUCUAGAAAUUCUUUACUGUUUUUAAUCUAUGUUCCUUUCUGUUAGUUGGCUUAGGAGAUCUCGGCUUUGCUGUUUAGUAUAUUCGAGAUUAGUUUCCAUGUUAUGUGAUGAAACCCAGAUCUGGGUUUGAGAAAAACCCAAAUUUGGGUUUGAAAGAAGAAGAAGAAAGAAGAAGAGAGAGAGAGAGAAAGAAUAAGAAGAAGAAGGAAGAAGGAUGAGCAAGGAAAGGAAAGGAGGAAGAAGAUGAAGUUUGCCAGAGAACCAAGAUCUGGGUUUGCAGAGGCAAGGAAAAAGGAAAGCGAUUCCAACCUCAACAACCCCAUCUCCUCGUUGAACUUCUUAUAAAUGCCUCAACUCGUCGAUUCUACUCGUCCUGACUCAGCAACGGUUCCUUUCUCAGCUUCAAUACUGAAGCCGGCGACGAGCUCACUUGCAUCGGUGACAUCUGGAAAUUGGUCUGGUCCUUGGACGUUUCAGAUUUCUUCACCACCGGCGACGGCUCAGCGAGCGAAUCCACGCUCACCUAAUUCUCUCAUGUGUCCUCGAACGUCUCUGAUUUCUUCAGUUAAGCAGCUGUAUCUUCAAUACGCAAAAUUGGAGGAGGAUUAUGGUCUAGCAAAGCGAGCUAUGAAGGUCUAUGAUGAGGCAACCCAGGCAGUACCAAAUGAAGAAAAACUAAGCAUGUAUGAGAUAUACAUUGCUCGUGCUGCUGAGAUAUUUGGUGUCCCUAAAACAAGAGAAAUCUAUGAGCAGGCCAUAGAGUCUGGUCUUGCAGAUAAGGAUGUGAAGACAAUGUGUUUGAAAUAUGCAGAUCUAGAAAAGAGCUUGGGAGAAAUUGACCGAGCUAGGGGAAUAUAUGUGUUUGCAUCUCAAUUUGCAGAUCCACGCACUGAUGGUGAUUUUUGGAAUAAGUGGCGUGAGUUUGAGGUUCAGCAUGGAAAUGAAGAUACCUCCAGAGAAAUGCUGCGAAUCAAAAGAAGUGUUUCUGCAAGUUAUAGCCAGACACACUUCAUUCUGCCAGAGUACAUGAUGCAGAAAAAUCAGUCAUUGACCCUUGAUGAUGCAAAGGAUAAAUUGAAGCAGGCAGGUGUCCCGGAAGAUGAGAUGGCUGCUCUUGAGAGGCAAUUGGCCCCUGCAUCCAAAAAUGUCAAUUCUAAAGACAGCAGCAGAAAAGUGGGGUUUGUGAGUGCUGGGGUGGAGUCCCAGACUGAUGGAGGGAUGAAACCAGUUGCCACCGAAGACAUUGAUCUGCCAGAAGAAAGUGAUUCUGAAGAUGAAGAAAGAGUUGAAAUUGCAUAGAAAGAUGUUCCUACUGCUGCAUUUGGAGGUCUUGCCAGGAAGAGAGACGAUGGUGACAGAGAUGGGGAAGAUGAUACUGUACCAGCCAAAGAUAGGGAAAGUGAGAGUCGUCUAGGAGCCCUUGAGAGAAUAAAGAGGCAGAAAAAAACUUGAUUUUAGUUACUAACCUUGUCUAAUUUUGAUUCCUGAUAUCUUUUGUUCAUUUACGACGCUUGUACUCUUUAA